GGGCGGGGGCUCCGCCGGGCUCUCUAGGACGCCGGCGCCCCGCACACCCACCAUGGAUCUGCUGCUGUUGGUGAACACGAGCCUGGGCUCCCCCAACGAGUCCCUGGCGCUGCCCCCCGCCUCGCCGUCCUCGUCGGCCCUCCUGCAGCCGCCCUCCCCCUACUCGCCGGCGGCCGUGGCCAGCCUGGCGGCCGUGGUGGGCUUCCUCAUCGUCUUCACCAUCGUGGGCAACGUGCUGGUGGUGAUAGCUGUGCUCACCAGCCGGGCGCUGAGAGCCCCCCAGAACCUCUUCCUGGUGUCCCUGGCCAGCGCGGACAUCCUGGUGGCUACCCUGGUCAUGCCUUUCUCCUUAGCCAACGAGCUUAUGAAUUACUGGUACUUCGGCAAGGCUUGGUGUAACAUUUACCUGGCGCUGGACGUGCUCUUCUGUACCUCGUCCAUCGUCCACCUGUGCGCCAUCAGCCUCGACAGGUAUUGGUCGGUCACACAGGCGGUGGAGUACAACCUCAAACGGACACCCCGGCGGAUCAAGGCCAUCAUCCUCACCGUGUGGCUCAUUUCGGCCAUCAUCUCCUUCCCGCCAUUGAUCUCCGUGUACCGGGACCCCGAAGGAGAUGUCUUUCCCCAGUGCAAGCUCAAUGACGAGACAUGGUACAUCCUUUCUUCUUGCAUUGGCUCUUUCUUUGCCCCCUGCCUCAUCAUGGUGUUGGUCUAUAUCCGCAUCUACCGCGUGGCCAAGCUAAGGACCAGGACCCUCUCUGAGAAGCGUACGAUGCCAGAGGGGUCCUCCCAGACUGAGAACGGCUUGAGCCGCGCUGCUGGCGSCUGCACGUCCCUGAGGAUGCAGCUGGGAGAGAACGGACAUUAUUCAGUGCACCACUGGCGCAAAGCCUCCGAGCUGGAGGACAUUGAGCUGGAGGAGAGCAGCACCUCAGAGAGCAGGCGGAGGCGGAGCCGGGAGGAGCAUCGCCGCAAAAGCAAGAGCCAGUCCUUCUCCUACUCAUAUUCCUCCAAGCACUCCAGUAGCCGUCUGUCCCGUGCCAGCAAUCGCUCCRUGCAGUUCUUCUCCUAUCGCCGUCGCCGGAAGCGUAGCAGCAUCUGCCGUAAGAAAGUUGCCCAGGCCCGGGAGAAGCGCUUCACUUUUGUGCUGGCCGUGGUCAUGGGGGUGUUUGUAGUUUGCUGGUUCCCUUUUUUCUUCAGCUACAGCCUCUACGGUAUUUGCCGGGAGGCAUGCGAGGUCCCUGAGACUCUAUUCAAGUUCUUCUUCUGGAUUGGGUAUUGCAAUAGCUCCCUCAACCCAGUCAUCUACACCAUCUUCAACCAGGACUUCCGCAGGUCCUUUAAACACAUUCUUUUUAAGAAGAAGAAGAAGAACUUCCGGCAUUGAGCUGGAGGGAUGGAUUUGCCUCGAGAAGGAGUAGAGUUGAAAGAGAAGGAGAAAGCUCAAUGCUGGAAAAGGAGGGAGGGAAGAGAACAUGGGGCUUGGGCUUAGGGAGAAGGGAGAGGGCUCGCCCCAUCRGUGGAGCAGGGUGAUGCUGUGGGGAUGGUGUCGGGGAGGCUGAGGGCAUUCACCGUGGAACAGAAUGGUUACAAGGUGCUGGGGGAGCAUUGCUGGAGUGUGGAGGGGUCAGUGGGGAGGGAGUGAUUGUUGUCUUUGAACCCUGAUGGACGGCAUGGGGAGCCCACAGGGGAAAACAGGCUGAGAUGCUGAGUUUGGGAGGCAGUGAGCUUUYGUGGG